AUGUGUCCGAUUUCUAUAUUUUUGUUUCUCCUGACCAUAUUUUUGACCGUGGUCUACGUUUUCCUAACAUGGAACUUUAGCUAUUGGAAAAAGCGAGGCAUCCAGACAGCCUCCACAUGGCCAUUCGUGGGCAGUUUUCCCAGCAUUUUCACCCGAAAGCGGAACAUUGCCUACGACAUCGAUGAUAUAUAUCAAAAGUACAAAGACACGGAAAAUGUGGUGGGCGUGUUUACCACUCGAGUUCCCCAGCUGCUUAUAAUGUGUCCGGAAUAUAUACACAAGAUUUAUGCCACCGACUUCCGAAGCUUCCACAACAAUGAAUGGCGCAAUUUUGUGAACAAAAAAACGGACAUGAUUCUGGGCAACAAUCCAUUCGUUCUAACGGGCGAUGAGUGGAAGGAAAGGAGGGGGGAGAUCAUGCCAGCACUGUCUCCUAAUAGAGUAAAAGCUGUUUAUCCAGUCUCCCAAAGUGUGUGCAAAAAGUUUGCGGACUACAUCAGACGACAGCAGGGAAUGGCCACCUCCCAGGGAUUGGAUGCGAUGGAUCUGUCCCUUUGCUUCACCACCGAAGUGGUCUCGGACUGCGGACUGGGUGUCUCAGCCCAGAGUUUCACGGACACUCCGACGCCGCUGUUGAAAAUGAUCAAGCGAGUGUUCAACACCUCCUUCGAAUUCAUCUUCUACAGCGUGGUGACCAACGUGUGGCAAACAGUUCGCAAGUUCUACAGUGUGCCCUUCUUCAACAAGGAAACGGAAGAGUUUUUCCUGGACAUCAUUCGGCGCUGCAUCACUUUGAGGCAGGAAAAGCCGACGCAACAGCGCGACGAUUUCCUCAACUAUAUGCUGCAGUUGCAGGAGAAAAAGGGUCUGGAUACAUCUGACAUACUUAUAAAUACGAUGACGUUCAUUCUUGACGGAUUUGAGACCACGGCUUUGGUCCUGGCUCACAUAAUGCUGAUGCUGGGACGUAAUCCGGAGGAUCAGCAAAAGCUGCGGGAAGAAGUUGGCAAGGAGGAGCUGACUUUCGAUCAAAUGUCGGAACUGCCCUAUCUAGACGCCUGUAUCUAUGAAACAUUGCGUUUGUUUUCACCGCAAGUAGCAGCUCGAAAAUUGGUAACCGAGCCCUACGACUUUGUGAACAAGAACGGAGUUACUGUGAGAGUAAAUCCUGGGGACGUGGUCACCAUUCCUGUGAAGGCCCUGCACCAUGAUCCGCAGUAUUAUGAGAAUCCAAUGGCAUUUAAGCCGGAGCGAUUCCUUGAGAUCAACGGGGGUAUGAAAAAGUACCGAGACCGAGGGGUGUAUCUAGCCUUUGGCGAUGGACCACGCCACUGUCCAGGAAUGCGAUUUGCACUGACCCAACUCAAGGCAGCUCUGGUGGAGAUCGUACGAAACUUUGAGAUCAAGGUUAAUCCGAAGACUCGGUCGGAUAAUCAACUGGAUGAUACCUUUUUCAUGGCCACUUUAAAGGGUGGUAUUUGGCUGGACUUUAAAGACCUAAAAUUUCCGUCUGCCUUUGCGAUCGGCUGUGCCAUGUGUCCGAUUUGCUGUGCACUGCUCCUCAUAGUAGGCUUUCUGGCCCUGGUCUACGUAUUCCUCACCUGGAACUUCGACUACUGGAGGAAGCGGGGCAUCCAGACAGCCACUUCAUGGCCAUUUGUGGGCAGUUUUCCCAGCAUUUUCACCCGGAAGCGGAACAUGGCCUACGACAUCGAUGAUAUCUAUCAGCAGUACAAAGGCUCGGAGAAAAUAGUGGGUGUGUUCGCCACCCGACUUCCCCAGCUGCUGGUUUUGUGUCCGGAGUAUAUACACAAGAUUUAUGCCACCGACUUCCGGAGCUUCCAUGACAAUGAGCGGGGCAAUUUCGUGGACAAAAAAGUGGAUAAAAUUCUGGGCAACAAUCCAUUUGUCCUGAAAGGCGAUGAAUGGAAAGAAAGAAGGGCGGAGAUUACGCCAGGACUUGCGCCCAAUCGAGUCAAAGCCGUGUAUCCUGUGUCGCAAAGUGUGUGCAAGAAGUUUGUGGAUUACAUAAGGCGCCAGCAGCGGAUGGCCACCUCCCAGGGAUUGGAUGCGAUGGAAAUGUCCCUUUGCUUCACCACCGAAGUGGUUUCCGACAGCGUCCUGGGGAUUUCCGCACAGAGUUUCACGGAUACGCCCACACCCCUGGUUGGAAUGAUCCAACGCGUGUUCAACUCAUCCUUCGGGUUCAUCUUCUACAGCAUGGUGGCCAACAUCUGGCCACCAAUCCGCAGGUUCUACAGCGUGGCCCUGUUCACCAAGGAAGCGGAGGACUUCUUCUUCGACAUCAUGAGGCGAUGCAUCAAUUUGAGGCGGGAAAAGCCGGGUCAACAACGCGACGACUUUCUCAACUACAUGCUGCAGUUGCAGGAGAAGAAAGGGCUAGACACGGUCGAGCUCACCUCCCACACGAUGACCUUCCUCACCGACGGAUUCGAGACCACGGCCCUGGUCCUAUCCCACACUCUGCUGAUGCUGGGACGUCAUCCCGAAGAGCAGCAAAAGGUGCGGGAGGAAAUUGGCAACGAGGCACUGAGCUUCGAGCAGUUGACAGAGCUGCCCUAUCUAGAAGCCUGCAUUCAUGAAACAUUGCGAUUGUUUUCCCCGCAAGUGGCAUCCCGAAAACUGGUAACCGAGCCCUACGACUUUGUGAACAACGACGGGGUUACAUUGCGAGUGAAUCCCGGGGAUGUGGUCACCAUUCCUGUGAAGGCUCUGCACCAUGAUCCCCAGUAUUAUGAGAGUCCGGAGUCUUUCAAGCCAGAGCGCUUCCUUGAAGCCAACGGAGGUGUGAAAAAGUAUCGGGAUCGGGGGGUAUACCUUCCUUUUGGCGAUGGACCGCGCAUCUGUCCAGGCGUGCGAUUUGCACUGACUCAACUCAAGGCAGCUCUGGUGGAAAUAGUGCGUAAUUUCGAUAUCAAAGUGAAUCCCAAGACCCGCUCAGAUGAUCGACUGGAUGAUACUUUCUUUAUGGCCACCUUGAAGGGCGGCAUUUUUCUAGACUUUAAAGAACGAUCAUAAACUAGCGCUCAAGCAUCGUUAUCAAAUAAACAAUAUUAUUACAAUAAUGAUUUGCCUUGGGAGCACCUACUUCAACAGAUUAUAUAUAAAAGUCAAACUACAAAAACCUGCUUCUAUAAUCAGCUCAUUUAUUUUGUAGAACUGAUAAGAAUCUGUAUUGUUAUUAUUAUUAUAUUUUUAUCACCUGUGGGAAAUUAUUACAUAAUA